AUGACAUCUUUAACUUCCGCUAAACUAUGCUUCCUGCCUUAUUGCCUUGUCAUCUUGUUGUCUGUUUUAUCACCAAAUUGGGUUGCUUUUCCUUUUGCUACUUCUACUUCUGAUACUGAAGCAAAGGCUCUUCUCAAAUGGAAAGCCAGCUUAUUUCCAAAUCAAGCCCUCAAUCAUCUUACCUGGUACGACCCUCCCACUCAUAAUAUUAAUGCCACCAAUUCUUCCAGCAGCAAUCCAAAACCAAGAACAAGCCCAUGCACUUGGACUGGUGUUUCAUGCAACUCAGCUAGAAGUGUCAGAACGAUAAGCCUUUCCACUUGUGGUAUUCAAGGUAUGCUACAUGAGUUUUCAUUCUUGUCCUUCCCUAGUCCUGAAUAUCUUGACCUCAGCUUGAACAAACUCUUUGAUGCCAUCCCACCUCAAAUCAGCUACCUCUCCAAACUCCACCAUCUUGAUCUCUCCCAAAAUAACUUGUCUGGGAGAAUUCCACCAGAAAUCGGUCUCCUAAGAAAUCUUAGGUUUCUUCCUCUCUCUGCAAAUACUUUCUUGGGGGUAAUUCCAAAAGAGAUAGGCAACUUGAAAUCUCUUGUAGAUCUAAGGUUGUCUUACAACACUUUAAGUGGUCUCAUCCCUUCAAAUAUUGGUAACUUAAUAAAGCUAAAUACUUUGUAUUUGGCUAAAAAUCAACUUUCUGGUUUGAUUCCCAUGGAGAUAUGGAACUUAAAAUCUCUUGUAGAUCUAAAGUUGUCUUACAACAAUUUAAGUGGUCUCAUCCCUCCAAAUAUUGAGUUAGAGAAUCUCAAGAAUUUGACUGAACUGCAGUUGGAUACAAACCAAUUGUCUGGUUAUUUGCCCCCAAAUAUCUGCCAAGGUGGAAAACUCACAAAAUUGUCAGUAGGCACAAACUAUUUGACUGGUCCAAUCCCCAAAAGCUUGAAAAAUUGCACAGGCUUAGUGAGAGUCUUUCUUGACCAAAACCAAUUGACGGGCAAUAUAUCUGAAGACUUUGGUGUUUAUCUGAAUCUUGAUUUUAUGAAUAUAAGCCACAACAACUUGUAUGGAGAAAUCUCACACAACUGGCGACAAUGUCCAAAGCUAAAGACCUUACUAAUCGCAGGAAACAACUUUACUGGUAGCAUACCACCUGAGAUAGCCAACGCAACCCAAAUUCAUGUGUUGGACCUUUCUUCAAAUCAUUUAGUUGGGUUGAUCCCAAAAGAAUUCGGGAGACUGGCUUCUUUGGAGAGGUUGAUGUUGAAUGGAAAUCAACUUUCGGGUCGUAUACCGUCUGAAUUCGGAUCAUUGAAUGAUCUUGAAUAUCUUGACUUGUCAACAAACAAAUUCAAUGAGUCAAUUCCGAGCAUUCUAGGUGACUUGCUCAAAUUGCACUACUUGAAUUUGAGCAACAACAAGUUGGCUCAAGCAAUUCCAUUUAAGUUGGGGAAGUUAGGUCAAUUGAAUUACAUGGAUUUAAGUCAUAACUCUCUUGAAGGUAAGAUACCAUCAGAAAUGGGCAGUAUAAAGAGUUUGGUGACACUUGAUCUUUCCCACAACAAUCUUUCGGGUUCCAUACCAUCAAGUUUUGAAGAGAUGCGCUGCUUGUUGUACGUUGACAUAUCCUACAAUCACUUGGAAGGUCCCCUUCCCAACAUUAGUGCAUUUCGACAAGCUCCGCUAGAAAGAUUGAAAGGGAACAAAGGAUUGUGUGGUAAAGUUAGAGCUCUGCUGCCACCCUGCAAUGCACAUGGCUCAAAAAAGGACCACAAGGUUGUAUUCUCUAUUCUAGCAGUAUUUGUAUUGCUAUCUGCUCUCUUUGUAAUAGUGCAAAGAAAGAAGAAGCAUCAAGAUACUAAACAAAACCACAUGCACGGAGAAAUUUUCUUUUCGGUUUUAAAUUUUGAUGGAAAAUCAAUGUAUGAGGAAAUCAUAAGGGCAACAGAAGAUUUUGAUUCCACAUAUUGCAUUGGGAAAGGAGGACAUGGAAGCGUCUACAGAGUGAAUUUGUCAUCUGGAGACGUAGUGGCCGUGAAGAAACUCCAUCUGCCAUUGGAUGGCGAGACAGAAUUUCAGAAGGAGUUCUUGAAUGAAGUAAGGGCACUCACUGAGAUAAGACAUCGGAAUAUUCUGAAGCUCUAUGGUUUCUGA